CCGCGCGGGGGGGUAAGGAGCCAGGGCGAAGCCAGUCCUCGACCUCACUCUUUCCGAUUCAGGCCGAGAGGCGAGUGUGACGCUGGGAUCGUGCGGUGGUGCUCUCGGCUCGCUCGACAUCCGGACCACUCCGCCGCCAUUAUGGUGAAGCUCGCCAAGAACGUUAAAAACCAACCUAAACAGAAAAAAAUGGCUCCCCCUCCUCCAAAGGAAGUGGAAGACAGCGAAGAAGAGGAUUCUUCGGAGGAGGAAGAGGAAGAGAGCAGCGAGGAGGAGGAGAUGAUCCCUCUGAAGAAAGCUGCCCCUCCAGCAAAGGCCGCUAACAAAAAGGCAGCUACCCCUGCAAAGAAGGCAGUUGCGACCCCGGCAAAGAAGGGAGCUGCUGCAACCCCAGCUAAAAAGGUGGUUGUUACUCCAGCGAAGAAAACUCCAGUCCCUGCCAAAGGAGCUAAAAACGGGAAGAACGCCAAGAAAGAAGAGAGUGAUGAUGAGGAGGAGGAAGAAGAUGAUGAUGAAGAAGAGGAAGAUAGCGAAGAGGAGGAAGAUGAGUCCGAGACGGAGCUUCCUAUGCCAGUGAAGAAGCCGGCAGCCCAAGCAGCAGCUGCAAAGAAACCCGCCACUCCAGCUGCGGCAAAGAAACAAGAGUCUGAAGAUGAGGAAGACGAUGAAGAAGAUGACGAGGAAGACGACGAAGAAGACGACUCCGAAGAGGAGCCCAUGGAUACCACCCCGGCCAAAGGGAAGAAAGCCGUUCUGGCGAAGGCUGCCCCGCUCAAAGCUGCUGCUGGCAAAGUUGCUGCAGAGGAGUCUGAGGACGAGGAGGAUGAAGAUGACGACGACGAGGAGGAAGACGAUGAUGAUGAGGAAGAGGAGGAAGAAGAGGAAGAAACACCUGGAAAGCGGAAGAAGGAAAUGGCCAAACAGAAGGGCAUCCCGGAUGCCAAGAAGAAGAAAACUGAAGAAGCCGCCUUCUCCCUCUUCAUGGGCAAUCUGAACUCUAACAAGGACUUUGAAGAACUGAAGGCCGGCAUCAGGGACUUCUUUGCCAAAAAGGACCUCCAAGUCCAAGAAGUCAGGAUCGGCAACUCAAAGAAGUUUGGCUACGCAGACUUCUGCUCAGAAGCAGAGCUGGACAAAGCGCUGAAGUUCAACGGGAAGAAAUUAAUGGGCUUGGAAAUGAAACUGGAAAGGGCAAAGAGUAAGGAGAGCCUGGAAGAGAACAAGAAACAAAGAACCGCGAGAACCAUCUUUGUGAAGAAUCUUGCCUACAGCACAACCAAGGAGGACCUACAGGAAGUCUUUGACAAUGCCAUGGAGAUCAGGCUGGUGGUGGCCAAAGAUGGGAACAGCAAAGGGAUUGCCUACAUUGAGUUUAAAUCUGAAGCAGAUGCCGAGAAAGCCAUGGAGGAGAAACAAGGAAUGGAACUCGAGGGCCGCUCCAUCUUCCUCGACUACACGAGAGAGAAAAGUCUGGCGGACGGCAGGAAAGGUCCAGAGUCCAAAACCCUUGUUGUGAACAACCUGGCAUAUGAUGCAACAGAGGAGGCUCUUCAGGAGGUGUUUGAGAAGGCGUCCUCCAUCAGGAUUCCACAGAACAACCAAGGAAGGCCUAAAGGGUACGCUUUCGUAGAGUUCCCCACGGUCGAAGAAGCCAAAGAAGCCAUGAGUUCCCACAACAACACAGAGAUCGAAGGCCGAAUAAUCCGGUUGGAGUUCAGCACCCCCGGAGGCCAAAACAGGAGCUUCAACGCCAGAGGAGGAUUUAGUCAGCAAAGCAAAACGCUCUUUGUCAAAGGCCUGUCUGAGGACACGACAGAAGAAACACUGCGAGAGUCCUUCGACGGCUCCAUCGGUGCGAGAAUCGUCACAGACAGAGACACGGGGUCAUCCAAAGGGUUCGGCUUCGUGGACUUCAGCUCGCAAGAUGCCAAGGCAGCGAAGGAAGCCAUGGAGGACGGGGAAAUCGGCAACAAAGUGACCCUUGACUUCGCCAAGCCCAAGGGCGACGGGCCCCGCGGCGGUGGCGGCUUUGGCCGCGGAGGAAGAGGCGGGCGAGGAGGAGGCGGCAGAGGGGGCUUUGGCGGCCGGGGUGGCGGAAGAGGCUUUGGAGGCCGAGGAGGCGGCUUCCGGGGAGGCCGAGGCGGCGGCGGCGACCACAAGCCCCAAGGCAAAAAGAUAAAAUUUGACGACUGAGUUGGCUCGCUGCGUCUGAAAGGACUCUGGGUUUUAAAAUUCUGUCACCCUGCAAAAUGACGGAGCCUUUUGAGGACAUUCCAAGAUGCGUUUUGCAGUCCUUCAAGAAGACCGACUUGGGAGGGGAUCCUUUCAACGAAGAAACAGCCAUUUGACUGCCUGCCACAAAUACGAUGAACUUUUUAAAAAAAGAAAAGCACAAGAGAUGUUGGGAGUUUACCCUUGUCAGUGCAUUGUCCUGAAAUUUAUAACGUUUUACCCCGCUUCCCCCCCCCCCCCCCCCAUGUAAAAAAAUUAACUUCCUUAUACAUUUCUGUAGUUCCUCCUCGUUAUUCCUUGCUGUAAAAAUGCAAAAAAAAUUGUUUAAUCACUUGUCUUGGCACACUGUGCUGGACAGAUUAAAGGGCCUAAAUGGAUUUGUGUGUGUCCUUGCAAAUUAACUUAAAUGCUGGUUUUUCUCCCCAUUUGGAGCCAGGACAAAGCACAGAAUUGGAGGAGCUGCUUUGCGCGUCCUUUUCCCGCCCUUGCGCCGCUGGAAAUGUUUCAGAGGCGUUAACUGUUUUGUAUAAUCCGGUUCCCGAUAGAUUCUUGGUUUUGUGCAUCCUCCUAACGGUGGAAAUGUCCCGCCGGAGGCACCCAGAUAUCUUCCUUUAGGUCUCCUGCGCUUGAGCUCUUUCUAGCAGAACGCAGGCAAAGGUUGACAUUAGCAGAAGUUGUACUUGUCAUGUUUAUGCUGUGUGAGAGGCUGAGUAAUUUUUAAUAAACUUCUAGGUACUCUUAAUUUUUU